AUGACGACAUUAGCAAGAAAAGGAACUGAAGCGUUGGGUGAACCAAUUGAAAGCAUAGCAGAAUGUACAGAAUACGAUUCAGAUGAGAGGACAUUUUGUCCUAAGCCUUGUCGACAGUAUUUCGAAGUGGAUUUUCCACUGUCUAAAGUGGAAACGGUUUACGAAGAGAUACACAGAGCAAGUUUUGGACACAUGAGGUUGACGUCUAAAGAAGCGAUUUUGAAAAAUGCUGAUAUUUUGGAAAGAUUCUCCCUAAUGGAUGCAAGCACCAACUACAGUACCCUCAUUCAAGAUUUGCCAUUUCCAGUACACACACUAAUUGUCUCUAGAGCAUAUGGAAAGGUUAAGACUUUGAUGAUCCAUUCAGAAGACGAUGAAGAAAAAGAGAAAAGGAAGAAAGAAGAUGUUAGAAUUGAAUAUUGGAGAUGUCGAAAGGGGACGACACUGAUCUGGAGAAACUAUCAUGCCAAAUUCAAUAGAUUCAAUAAAUACCAACAGUGUGCCUCUUCUGAACUAUUCCAUUGUCUUCGUCAUUCAAAAAUCGACACAUUGGUGUUUCGAACGGAAAAAUGGAAUAAAUACGAUCCAGAAAUUGAGCCCUUCAUAAGUUAUUAUGAGCAAUUGUACAACUCAUUUGAGAAUCCAGAUUUCUCAAUAUCCGUUCAAAAUCUUGAAGUAGAGCUUGACUGGUAUGCGGAUAGUCUGGAUAAUGAGAGGCAGACACGAAUGAUGUUGGAAAUUACGAAUAAAGACGUUAUUGAAAAAAUUAAAUUUCGAAAAUACACGGAGAGUGGCUUCACUGGCAGUAUGAUAACGUCUGAUCGGAUGGGCGCUUCUGAAUUGAGGCAUUGGGAUACGGCGAAGGAGUUGGAUAUUCAGGAUUUGCAGAUACAUUUGAAGAUUAGUACCUAUGUUCAGUUUGAUGUUGUUAGAAUCUUUUUGAAGAGUGAGAACAUUUUUCAGUAUUCGACAGAGAUAAUGGAGCAUCUCAAAAACCAGAUCACCAUUGCGGUUGGCCCGAAUUUCGAUUUUGAACAAGCUGGACAAGUACUGACUAGAAAUCAAGUGACUGAGAUGGAGAUGAAUUUGCAUGAAAAUCAGGAACCAGAAAAUGUGAAUGUAGAAGAAACUGCUGAAUUAUUGCCAAGAAGGGAUGAAACGAGACCCACAAAUGUGUAUUUUAUGUAUAAUAAUGAGUCGAUGCUUCUUAUCAAAUUCUUUGCGACUCGCGAGGAAAUUGUUUAUAAAAAGUACAAGAAGGAGGAUAAUUCGUUUUUUGAGAAUUUGAAUUAUUAA